AUGAUCGAAACUGACAAUUGUAAUGGUAAUGAUUUCAAGAAAAAUUGGCUUCCACAAAUAAUCGUUGGAGCUGUUUCUUUUAGUUUAUUUAUGAUUAUUCAUCUCAUAAAUGUUUCCUCAAGACAUAUUGCAGUCGCUUUUCAAGUUCCAGACUAUAAUAUUGGUAUAUAUUUCAGUAAAUUGUAUGGCAUUCGAUCUAUUUCAGUAUUUUUUGGUUCUGUUCUUGAAUAUAUUAUCAAUUAUUAUGGAUUUGCGGAACGUAAGUCCGUGUCAUUCUUUUCAUUUUGUGUAAUAUUUUUUGUUAGAUUCGCAUUUUUAAUGUGUCUAUACGUUUCAGAUCAGUUGUCAAUUCAUGGAUAUACCAUUUUAGUAUUGGAUGCAUUUUUCUUUGGUAUUUUUCAAAUGUCAUAUUUUUCACUUGUUUCAAAACAUAUUUCAACUGCGAUUGUAUUCCUGGAUCUUUCAUCACUCAUUGUAACCAUUAUACAGGCUUUGUUGGAUCUUACUAUGUUUGAUGAACCCCUCAUGAUGCUUAAAUUACACGCCUGGUUAUCUAUUCUUUUUACAUUAGGAUCAGCUGGAGGAUGGUAUUAUUAUCUUUUCCAUUACAAGUGUGAAAGUAAACAAACCGAAAGUUGCGAUUCAAAUGAUAAAGAAACAGAGUCUCCAUUUAAAUGUUUGAAUUUUAAAAAAUAUGAGUAUAGGAAGGAUAUGUAUAAACAUAGGGGUAAAAAACGCUUUAAACAUCAUCUGAGUAACGUUCUUUAUCUUUUUGUGCUCCUAAUUAUAACAUUUUUUUUCAUGAAUAUUCUUUAUCCGGGAGUCCUUCCAUAUGGUCUACUCGAUAGAGAUAAAUGCCACCUUAUAAAUUUGCUCAUUCCAGUAUCCUUGUUAGUGGGUUCCCUAUCAAUUUACUUCAUGAAUGAAUAUUGGUGUGUUUUCAAGCGCCAUUUCGCAACUUCCGUACAUUUGUUUCUUUUAUUAUUAGUACCUUUGAUAUUUAUAGCCAUAUAUUCAAUUGGAGCACUUCAUAUAGAAGAAUUUCAUGCCAGGUCAAUAAAAGGGUCAAGAACGAUAGUUUUAUUACUAACUCUUUCAUUGUUAUUUUGUUGCAAUAUUCUACAGUCACUUAGCUAUGUAGGAAUGGCAAAUUAUGUUAAAAAAUCGGGAAAUACUCCAGAAAGCCUUGCUGUACUAACAUUUCACAAUCUUAUGGCAAAUAUCUUUCGUUACGUUUCAUCUAAAAUGGCUGUGGGUUACACAACCUGUAGAGUGGAGAACGAAUAUGCGCUAAAAGUUUUCCAUCCCACAUAUAGAAUGAAUCCUAUAGAGUGUACAUGUUUCUGGGUUGGAGAAUCAUGCAGGCGCGCAUACAAAGAUAUUUUGAACGACUUUAAACUUGAUAUUGAUAAAUAUGUUUAA